AUGUUUCUUAGUAAAGGAAUCGGAAAAAAGAAAACUGGAGAUGCCCAACCGUCUGGUAAAAUCGAUAUCCCUAAUAUGAUCAAGUGCGCAGCUGCCAACAAAAGCAAACGCGAGAACGAACACAUCAAUGCGAUGGUAUUUCACGAUGAAUACUAUCGCGAUCGAAUGCGAAACAUCCAGGCCACGUACAAAGUUAAGCAGGAUGAUUCUUCCGGCUUAGGAUACAGUUCUCGCAUUCGGCUGAUCUGGGACCAUAAUCGCCUCUUGGGUACAUUUGACAUGGAUGUCUUCAAGGGUUCCUUAGUCAUUGACCCUGGUCCAGACCAAGACCACUUCAGAGCUGAUAUUGAGUACUCGAAAUUCCAUGAGGCCCGGGCGAAAGACAAAGAAUCAAGUGAAGAGUCCGGGGGUGAUAACGAUGACGAUGACGAAGACGAUGGAGACGAUGAGAUUGCUGCGACUCGGGAGUAUCGUUUCAAAUGGCGUGGAAUAAAUGCAAGGAUACCUCACAAGCCCUUCAACUCCGCAUUGACUGUCGGCAAAAUUCGAUUUGGUAACGGCAAGAUUUGGGGGCACUUUGAAGCAAUGUCGGGUGUUGGCUUUCGGGGUGGUCGUUGUGAGUUUCAUGGCAAGAUACCUCACGGGCCCUGUCUUGUGGACAUGUCUAUCCAGGAGUUUAUUGACAAAUGGAACGGAUACGCUGAGAUUGAGGAGGAUGAACUUCCACGAACACCGACUCCAAGGUCUACGAUGGAAAAGCCUCACGAUGGUGCCGGUUCGACACCGCCUUCGGCAGAGCAUAUCGCAUCUCGGCUUGAAGAAUGGACAGAACAGGAUCAACAGAAUUUCGUAGAAAUGAUUACGGGUAUUUACGAUAUUACCAGCAGGGAGAUAGAAGAAGAUUGGUCUUCCAAGUCGAGAGGUUUGAUGGUUCGUCUUCACGUAGACCAGCAACAAGGAAAGGUCUUUGGAUACUUUGACAUCGGUAUAGUCGAUGGCUUUCUUAGUCUUGAUGUCAGUCUGGAAGGUCUAGCACACUGCCGCCCAAUGAAAUUCACAUGGUACGGGCGAGGAACUUUCUCUGGAUUCUCCGAGACAGGCAUCGGCAUGAUCACUAUCAAAACACGAGGCGGCAGGACAUUGGAAGGCGUGUUUGGUGGGAUGCCUGAUAAGAAUGAUGGUCAAAUUGAUUUCCAUGGAACGAGAAGGAUGUUGCCACAGGGGGUUUCGGGUCGUGGUGCCGCUUACUAUCGCGCGCACUGGGAAGAAUACACAUGCUCCAAGGUUGUGGCCAUGCCGACUUUGCCACUGGGAAGCCCCACCAGAGGAAUAUGGGGAAUGGGUGAGGGGCUCGCCAAAAGAGUGAGCUGGAAGCGAAAUGGUGAAUCUCACAAGGAGGUCGCGGCACGAAAGACAGAUGAAAGCUUGGAAUGA